CUUUCCUUUCCCUGCUCCAGAGAGCACUUCCCACAGCCAUCGGCUGUGGGGCUGUGCCGAGGGGAUGGGGAUGCUGCCACCCAGGCAGGCUGGGGCAUGAGACCCUCUGCACAGUGGGUGAGGAGGGGGGGUCAGGACACCUCCCAGCCAGGCUGGAGGCUCAGCAUGGCUCAAGGACCCCUGAGCAUGCAGCCCUAGCCCUGGAGGGGUGAGCGCCUGCUCUCCGGGAGAGUGGCCAGGGGACCCCGGUGGCCUCUUUGCAACCAAGCCCUGCUCCUGAGCAGCCGGGUGCCCACCGAGCAAGCGACGACGGGGGCACCUUCCUUGCCGUGCCCAGGCUAUGUGCCAGAGGAGGUGGUCCCAGCUCCCCCAGACGCCGAGCAGCAGGGCAGAGGCGAGAUGGAGGGUGUGGGCAGGGAGCAGGGGUCCUGAGCUGCUGCUCACGUGGAGACCCUAGGCAGCCGUGGCCUCUGGCUCCGACCCCCGUGGCUGGGACAUGCCGGGAAUUUUCUGACCUCUGCCAGAUUUGAGACACGCUCCAAGGACAUGGGACUCCAGGUUUAUCUUCUGCUUCUCCUCCCACGGCUGGCAGGGGCCAUCCUGGACAUCACCCUGAUCGCCAACGUGCAGAGCCUGUCCCACUCAGACUUCUUCCUCUCCUGUGUCAUGGGGGAGCGCGACGUGAGCUACCUGCAGAUCGAGAGGGAGAACAAGAUCGUGAUGACACACCCAAAGACGGGCUUCCAAAACUACCGCAACCGCAGCAACCAUGUCCAGGCCAGGGGCUUCUCCAUGGCCGACCUGGUGGGGAUCCUCUACUGCCUGGGGCGCACCCCGACCGAGCAGGCCCAGGUGGUCUACGUGCACAACAGCCACAACGCCCACCUCUUCCCGGUGAAGGCCACGCAGUCUGUGAACGUCGCUGAGCCAGCCACCUUCUCUGCCAGGGUCCUCAAGAGGAAGGAGACAGACGUUAUGUGGAAAAGAAAUGGCACAUACUACCAGACCACGGACCGCGGCGAGGUGAGGGAUGACCUUGUCACACUGACACUCCCCAACAUCAGCGUGAGUGAAAAUGGGGUCUACAGCGCCACGUUCAUGGGGGACAGCCCUCUGUGGAGUGCCUUCUACCGCCUGAUUGUGAGAGCCUGCCCCGCAAAGAAAUGGGGACCAUCCUGUGAGAAGGACUGUCCUGACUGUCUGAACGGCGGCAUCUGCCACGACCACGUUGGCGAGUGCAUCUGCCCUCCUGGGUUCAUGGGCACCCGCUGCGAGCGAGCCUGCCGGGAAGGCCAGUUUGGCCGCAACUGCCAGGAGACGUGCCAGAGAGCCCAGGGCUGCAGAGGGCUGAGCUUCUGCCUGCCGGACCCCUAUGGCUGCUCCUGUGCCUCGGGCUGGAGUGGCUCCCGCUGCAGCCAAGCCUGUCCCCCGGGAUACUACGGCCCCGACUGUGCCCUGGGGUGCGCCUGCCGAAAUGGAGGCAGUUGUAACCGCUUCAGUGGCUGCAUCUGCCCUGCAGGCUGGCAUGGGCAGCACUGCGAGAAGUCAGACUGGUUCCCCCAGAUCAUCCAACUGGCCUCAGAGCUGGAGUUCAACCUGGGCUCGGAGCCUGUCAUCAGCUGCGUGGCUACUGGCAACCCACUGCCUGCCAGCGACAGCGUGGAGCUGCGCAAGGCUGAUGGCACCGUGCUCAAGCUCAUCAAAGCCAUCAUUGAGCCAGGCCAGAUCACCUGCGAGUUUCAGGUGCGGCACCUGACUAAGGCAGACACAGGGCUCUGGGAGUGCCGGGUCUCCACGACGGGGGGCCAGGACAGCCGAAAAGUCAAGGUCAACAUCCGAGUGCCGCCAACACCCCUGACCCCACCGCGGCUGCUGGCCAAGCAGAGCCGCCAGCUCGUGGUGGCACCUGUGGACUGCUUCUCUGGCGACGGACCCAUUGUGUCCAUCAGGCUGCUCUACAAGCCCAAAGACGACACCUCAGCGUGGUCAUCCAUUGUGGUUGACAACAGUGAGAACAUCACCCUCAUGAACCUCCGUCCCGUGACUGCCUAUGUUGUUAAGGUGCAGCUGAGCCGGCCAGGGGAUGGUGGGGAGGGCAGCAAGGGGCCUGAGGCCAUCAUGGUGACCGAAUGCCUUGAGCCCACAGUCAAGCCUGUGAUUGAAGGUUGGUCCAUAGAGGAGAAAAACACACUUCAUGUCAACUGGAAAUUGCCCAGUAACCACGAGCCAGCACAUGGGUUCAUUGUCCACCUCUUCGACUCUGCGAGGCGGCUGGUCUGUGAGAAAAAUAUCACAUCCAUCUCCGUACUCUCUGCCCGCAUCAGGGACCUGGAGUUCAACAAGGAGUAUGGGCUGGAGGUGCUGGUCUACCACUGCACCAGCCUGGGGCCCCCCUCUGACCUCUACAAGGUCAUGAUCAACAGCAAAGGGCCCUCCUCCCCACGGUCGCUCUCUGCAGAGUCUGUGUCUGACACCGCCGUCAGGCUCUCCUGGCAGGUCCCGGAGUACCCCAAUGGGGGCAUCACGAAGUACAUUGUGGAGCUGCAGCAGGUGGGCGGCACCAGCGAGCCUCAGUGGAUCGACACCGACAGCGGCGCCGAGACCACCAAGAUUGUCGGGGGCCUCAAUGCCAGCACCAGCUACCAGUUUCGCGUCCGGGCCAACUCCCACGUCCCAGGGGAGUGGAGCCAGCCCGUGAAAGCCAAGACCCUGGGGGAUGGAGCACUGAGUGUGCCGCCCAGCCUGGGCAGCCAGAGCACCGAGCAGGCGGGAAUAGACCAGCAGCUGCUCUUGGCCAUCAUCGGCUCCGUGUCCGUCACCUGCCUCACCAUCCUCUUUGCCCUCCUGGCGCUUUUCCUCAUCAAGAAGAAUUUUUUCCACCGGCGCCGCACCUUUACAUACCAGUCUGGCUCGGUGAGUGCUGCCUGCCCCUCCAGGACCAUGUCCCCAGCUCCCCACGUUCCAGCCCGAUCCAGGUCACGCUCUGUAGCCUCCAGUCCGGACACAGCCAGACCUCACUUCCACAUGGAGAGGGGGGAAGAGACCAUCCUGCAGUUCAACUCAGGCACCCUGACCCUGACGCGCCGGCCCAAGCCACAGCCCGAGCCCCUCAGCUACCCUAUCCUGGAGUGGGAAGACAUCAAGUUUGAGGACAUGAUCGGGGAGGGCAACUUCGGGCAGGUCAUCAGGGCCAUGAUCAAAAAGGAUGGCCUGAAAAUGAAUGCAGCCAUCAAAAUGUUGAAAGAGUUUGCUUCAGAGAAUGACCAUCGUGACUUUGCUGGGGAGCUGGAGGUGCUGUGCAAACUGGGCCAUCACCCCAACAUCAUCAACUUACUGGGUGCCUGCGAGAACAAGGGCUACCUGUACAUUGCCAUUGAGUAUGCUCCCUAUGGAAACCUCCUUGACUUCCUCCGCAAAAGCCGAGUCCUGGAGACAGAUCCAGCCUUUGCCAAGGAGCACGGCACUGCCUCCACCCUCACCUCCCAGCAGCUCCUCCAGUUUGCUUCAGACGUGGCCAAGGGGAUGCAGUACCUGAGUGAGAAGCAGUUCAUUCACAGGGACCUGGCAGCCAGGAAUAUCCUGGUGGGAGAAAACCUGGCCUCCAAGAUUGCCGACUUUGGCCUGUCCAGAGGGGAGGAGGUCUAUGUGAAGAAGACCAUGGGCCGCUUGCCAGUUCGCUGGAUGGCCAUCGAGUCCCUGAACUACAGCGUGUACACCACCAAGAGCGAUGUGUGGUCAUUUGGCGUCCUGCUCUGGGAGAUUGUCAGUUUGGGGGGGACGCCGUACUGUGGGAUGACGUGUGCCGAGCUCUACGAGAAGUUGCCCCAGGGCUACCGCAUGGAGAAACCGCGCAACUGCGAUGAUGAGGUGUACGAGCUGAUGAGGCAGUGCUGGCGCGACCGCCCCUAUGAGCGCCCACCCUUCGCCCAGAUCUCCAUGCAGCUCAUCCGCAUGCUGGAGGCCAGGAAGGCCUACGUGAACAUGGCCCUGUUCGAGAACUUCACCUAUGCAGGGAUUGAUGCCACCGCCGAGGAGGCAUGAGGCUGCGCUGGCACCGCGCAGAGGGGCAACGCUGGCCCCAAACUGCUGGGACAGUGCUAUGGGGAUGACAUGCUGCCCAUCCCCACUCCAGGGCCAAGCGGCCAAACGCCAGUGCCCCUUCCUGAGAGCGCCUUCCCUGCAGCAGGACUGUGCCGUCCCCUUCCCGGCUACCAACCCGGUGUGUGCUGGCCACUCUGGCACACCACCAGCCACCAGCAUGGCCCCAUGCUGCUGGGGGAUGCACUGGGAUGGCCCCCAAGGACAAGUGGCAGCAGGGUGUUUGCAGCAGAGCAGGCAGGAGAGCAGCUCUCCAAGGAGCUGGAGUGACGCAACCUGUGGCUACGGACACAAAAUGCCCAAGAUUUGGGGCGAGAGAGGAAGCAGCAAAUCUGUAGCUGCCUGCCCUGCAGCUCUUGCAUGCUCUGGGCCUGAAGUGGUGCCAGCGGGGCUGCAAGCAUCGCUGCCGGCAUGGGACAUGGGCACCCUUGUUGGAUACAAAGGGACAAAGGACAGCAUUGGCUGUGCACAGCCUCUGGCUCUGCAGUAACCCUUCAGAGGUGCCAGCUCUGCCUUAUGGACAAUAAAUGUAGUGCAACAGGCAGCCAGGUCCAGAGGAGGGGAGGUGGGGUCCCAGCUCUGCCCCCCAAUGACACCAGGGAACAGGAUGUGGGGCCCUGAUGGCCUGAUGCCAUGGUGGGCACUCCUCAGGACACUGUCCCAGUUGGGGUCCUCUGAUGAUCCCCAGGGAAGCCCCAGCACCCUCAGAGAAGCCCCAGGUGUCAUCAUGCUGUGGGGAUGGGUUUUCUUAGCAUCCAGCUGGGAUCUGUUCCCCUGCAGUUUAAGACUUUGUCCUGUUCCAAAGGGAUACGGAGAACAGACUACGUCCUUCCUCUGCACAGCCGCCUCUCGCGUGCUUGGAAACUGUUCCUGCAGCUUCCCCUCGGCUGGCUGCUCCUCACAGGGAUGGCCUACUCAUCCGGCUGGUCCCCAUGGGGCUGUGCAGCUCCACACUCUUCUCACCCCAGCCAGCCGGCGCCUGUCUGGCGCUGUGCCAAGCCAUAGGGUAACUUCCCACAUCUUGCAAAGGGACCAUCGGGUUCGACCAGCCUGCUCGAAUGCAUGCUGCUGGGGCGUUUCUUGCAUGUGCCGGUCCCUCGAGGCUCGCCUGGGCUCUGCUCUGACCCUGCCACAGGAGCUCCUGUCCCAGGCUGCGGUCCCUCGUCCUGCACUGCUGCGGUUUGUUAUAUUGACAGCAGAUGGGCUUCGUCUCCAUUGGCUUCAGCUUGCUAAGCCCUAGGAAUGCCAUCCAGCUGCCCAUCUAGUUGUCUUCUGGGGUCCAUGGGUAGCGAGGGCUGCUCCUGCAGAGCCUGUUAUCCCACCCCAAGGCAGAGGAGUUUGGCAUAUGCCCUUCUGGACAAGUCUUUUUUUCCUCAGAAGUUGUUUCAGCCUUGUCAAUACCAUUUUGAUUUCCCA